ACAAGAGAGAGAGAGAGAUAACAGUUUAACACAGAAACAGCAAACACCACAGAAAACACUUUUAUUCUUUAAACCACAAAACAAAAAAAAACAAAAAACUAUUCAAUUUAAUGGGGAAAGGUGGAAAUUAUGCGACGGUGGCGGUGGAAGAGGUUGAGGAGCUACGGAGGAGGAACGGAGAGUUAGAGAGAGAAAUGGAGGAGAUGAAGAAACAGAUGGUUCAGCUGUGGCGGCGGACUGUGGUAGCGGAAGAGGCGGAGGAGAGACUCUGCUCGCAAUUAGCGGAGCUUGAGGUCGAGUCUUUAGAUCAGGCGCGUGACUAUCAGUCUCGUAUUCUCUUUCUCAUGGACCGAAUCUCUCGUCUCUCUUCUUCCUCCCUUGAAGUCGUUGUUACAAAUUCAUAGCUUGAUGGAUAUCAUUAUGUAUUUUCCAUUUAGUUUAAUGUUAAAAACGAAAUGUAAAGAAUUUUUGCAUAAAAUGCUUACAAUUUUUGAUCAUAUAAAGUUAUAAACCUCAUAAACGAAAUGUAAUGAACCCAUAGUAACAACUUUUUUUAUGGGGGAAAUUGAAAUUA